UGUGGUCCGCACUUUUAAAAGUUUGUUUUUGUUUCUCCCAUGAUUUGUAGCGCUAGUUGUCGCUUAAGCAGAAAUAUUGGUCGGCGUGAUAUUAUUUUAAGAGCCAUGUCUACUUUGGAACAGUCCAAAAAAAAUGCCGCUUACGAAGCGGUAGAUAAUCAUAUUAAAUCUGGUUAUGUUGUUGGUAUCGGCAGUGGUUCAACAGUUAUUUAUGCAGUUGAACGGUUAGCUCAGAGGGUUCUGAAUGAAAAUCUGAAUGUCAGAUGCGUCCCUACGUCGUUUCAAGCGAGGGAGCUUAUAAUCAAGUACAAAUUAAAUUUAACUGAUUUAGAUAUAGAUUAUAAGUUGGAUGUAUGUAUCGAUGGGGCCGAUGAAGUAGACGAAAGCCUCAAUCUCAUCAAAGGUGGCGGUGGUUGCCUUUUGCAAGAAAAAAUCGUAGCCAGUUGUGCGGAUGAACUGAUAAUUAUAGCCGACCAUACCAAAAAUUCUAGUCAACUGGGAGAUCAAUAUCGCAAAGGCAUUCCAAUAGAAGUUGUGCCAAUGGCCUAUGUUCCUGUAAAAAACAGGUUAGAAAGUUUAUACGGUGGUAAAAUAGAGCUUCGACUGGCGAAAAUGAAAGCAGGACCUGUUGUGACCGAUAAUGGCAAUUUUAUUUUGGACUGGAAAGAAUUUGAUCAGAAUUUGAAUUGGAACGAAGUUAGCACCAAGAUAUCCUCAAUACCGGGAGUGGUGGAGAUUGGUUUGUUCGUACAAAUGGCUAAAAAGGCAUAUUUCGGAAUGACUGACGGGACAGUCAAAGUUCAGGAGUGAUAGUUCUGCAAUCUUAUCAAUAAAAUUUUCUGUUUAUGUUUUGAUUUUGUUAGUACGGUAAAGGUUAUGCUGACUGACAAUGUAAAUGCGCAUACUUAUCUAAACAAAGCUUGUUUUUGUAACAGAAUUUUUGCCUUUUAUUUUUCUAUAAGAAACUAUUUAUAAUAAUACCGCAAAGCUGUGCUUUUAAUAUACGUACUUUUACCUGUUAAAAAUGCAUGUAUUUUUUCGUAGUA